AUGUAAGACUUUUAGCCUGGAGAUGUCAUAGCCUAGGAAUAUCAAAUAGUCACCAUGUUGGCACAGGGGUCAUUUGGAAAAGUAUAUUUGGGAAAAUCUUAGAAAAAAAACAUGAAUGUAGCAAUUAAAGUAGAAAAGGCUGAGGUUUCAUAUUUUAAUAGUUUAAUCAGAGAGGUUGAAAUUUUGAAAACUUUGGAAGGAGUUCCGUGUGUGCCUAAAGUUAUCUGGUCUGGAUCAGAAAAAGGAAUGAGGAUUAUGAUCCAAAAUCUAUUGGGAAAAGAUCUCAUACAUUAUUAGAAAAAAAUGAAGAAGUUUUCUUAUGAAUGUGUUUGUAACAUUGCUUAUUAGAUGAUUGGAAUCCUCGAAUAAAUUCAUAAGAAAAACAUCAUCCAUAGAGAUCUUAAACCAGAAAACAUCCUUGGUGCAUCACAAUCAGACAAAUUACAUCUCAUCGAUUUUGGAAUUGCUAAGAAUUUAGAAUCAAACAAAAAAGGCAAGGAGAAAAUAUCAUUCAUUGGAACUACUAGAUAUGCAAGUAUAGCUGCUCAUCUGGGAAAAGAAUAAAAUAAGAAAGAUGAUUUAGAAUCCUUAGGCUACAUUAUCCUUUAUUUCCUCAAUGGGAGUCUCCCUUGGAUGAGUGUAGACAAGGAUGACAAUGAAAGACUUGAGAAAAUAGGACUUUUAAAAAAAGAUAUGUCUCCUGAAGAAUUGUGUGAAAACUUACCAAAUUCAAUUUUUAAAUAUAUGAAGUAUGUUAAAGGACUGUCUGCUAAAGUGAAACCUAGCUAUUCAUAAUUAAAAGAGUUAUUUACCAUUACUAACGUAUAACCGAAUAUGCCAUUUGACUGGAAUCAAAGAGCAAAGGCAAAUCGCAAAAUGAAUUCUAAUAAGUCCAUUAAAACCUCGAAAUCAGCAAAAGUGUUCAGCAAAUCUAAAUCACAAUUCAGAAAAACAUAAAAUAACAUCCCUUAAGAAUCAUCCUCAAAACUCAUUCUAUAAUCACAAACUCCUAUUAAAAAAUUAUAUAAAACAAUUGUGUUUCCAGAGUCCCAAGAUAAAACUGUUUAUCACUCCAGUGAUGAUAACCAAUAAUAAAGCAGUCUGAGUGAUGAAAAAAAGAGUAAAGAGAGUGUUAAGGUCGGAUAUUCAAUUAGCUAUGAACCAUCAAAAUUCUCUAGAUAUUCCUAACACAAUAAAAGUCCCAUCUAAUAAUAGUAAAAAGAGAGAGCCAGAGUCUCUACUCUUGAUGCCAAUCCUUAGGACUUAUUAAUCAUGCCUCCUAAAUCAGAAAAAUAACUAUAAGAAUUUGAAGAACAAGAUUUAGAACUCAAGUAUAACCUGUUAUACUAUAAAUCAAUACUGUACAAUUACAAAAACCCUAUUCAAGAUUUCAAGGCAAUUCAUUAUAAUUUCCUUGACUGA